AUGAUACUUCUCGCCAAAGAUUUAUACAUUAUUCAAGGUUCCGAGUAUGUUCUUGCCCAUCUUGGCCAGACCUCUACCUCGAAUACCAUAUUCAAUGCCAACUUCUUGCGGCAAGCAUGCGGAAUGUCCGACAAAGGCGUAGACAGGCUAGGAAGUGAAUUGGAGGAGACACCUGAGUACUUCCAACGGAAGAACUACCUGGCAGCGGCUCCUCUCUAUGCGUGGAGCUCCUCGGUGAUCCAUCGAUACCUGGCUGGUCGUGGGGCACAUAAGCUGUCGCAACGUUUCGAGACCAACCUACGAGAUCGAAUACGAACAUACCAUGAUAGCUCUGUAUCAGAUAGCGUUGUCUUGUCGGAUUUUCAUGAUUUCUUCACUUCCUAUGUUACUGCCGCUUUGCUGGACUCGAUGUGCGGUAAAGGCCUUCUUGCAAAGAAUCCAACAUUUACCCAAGCUUUCUGGACUUUCUGCGACAGUCUACCGAUAUUUAUGAAGCGCACACCACGAAUACCGGCAUCGCAAGCCUAUAAAGCGAGGGACGAAGUCAUCGCCGCUGUUCAAACCUGGCAGACAUGGGCCAGCGACAACUUCGACGCUGAUACCACCCCACUUGAUGAUGAUGGCGACGAUCCAUUCUGGGGCUCCAAGUUCUUCCGUGAGCGAUUCUCGACCUUCGUCUUUGAGAUGGGCUUUGACGCACGGGAUAUGGCAUCUAUGGAACUAGGCUUUCUCUUUGGGUAA